AUGUAUCUUCUGCAAUGGAACAUCAGCCUACAGGAAAGGGCCGAUGCUUGGGCUCAGCAGUGCAUGUUUAAGCACGAGCGUAACCCAGAUGUGGGAGAGAAUCUCUUCUUUGACACAGACCACGAGAAUGAAGUCUUCCUGCGAGGGCUGGAGGCCUGGCACAAGGAGAAGUCCAAAUGGGGGUACACUUCGCAUAGCUGCAAGGGGGCCUGUCAUUUCACUCAGAUUGUCUGGGGUUAUACAACCACAGUAGGCUGUUCCGCCAAUGUGUGUCCCUCCCUGAGUGUCGCGAACAGAAACAUCAAGAACGCCAUGCUUCUUGUGUGCUACUAUUACCCAAGGGGAAACUUUGUGGGAAACUUCCCUUACUCUAGAGGACGCCCAUGCUCCGAAUGCGCCCCUGGAGACACGUGCGUAGAUAGUCUUUGCGUUUCAUCGGGGCCUAAUUCGAAACUGGCGCCAGACUACGUGAAGAAACUGGUCCCAAAAUCAGCCAUCUCCGCAUCCAGUUCAAGCCGCUCAUUUCAAGAAUUCACUAGUCUAAUUCAACAAAAGUCUUCCUCGGUCUCGUCUCAGGGACAUCAUCAGCAGACCCAGCACCGCAGAGAGCACCAUGAACAACAUCAUCAUCAUCAGCAGCAGCAGCAGCAGCAUCAUUUCAAAUCAGAAUCAUCCCUUUCGGCUGCUUCUGCUUCGCAUUCUUACUCCUCGGAGCAAAGUCAUAGUUCGCAGCAGCAUCGUCAAGCUUAUCAUUCUGGUCAGGUUUAUCCGAAAGAGCUGGUUCCUGGACCCCAAGUAAAUGCUGAAAAUAACUAUCUCAAAGAGCAGGAGAGACAGCAGGCGGAACAUAGAGAAGAUAAACGAAGGCAGGAGGUCAUGGAACAGCAUCGGCAACACAGGGAAGAGAUGGAAAAACGUCGGCAGACUCUUAUAGAAGAACAACAAAGACAAAUAGGUUUAGAGCAACAAAGAGAAAGUGACUUAAAACAACAAAGGCAAGUAGAGUUUGAACAACAAAGACAGAAAGAGUUAAAACAAAGAAAUAUAGAGAUGGAACAACAAAGACAAAUAGGGUUAGAACAACAGAGACAGCAAGAAAUAAAACAGAGAAACACAGAGAUGGAACAACAAAGACAAAUAGGAUUAGAACAACAGAGACAGCAAGAAUUAAAACAAAGAAACACAGAGAUGGAACAACAAAGACAAAUAGGAUUAGAACAACAGAGACAGCAAGAAUUAAAACAAAGAAACACAGAGAUGGAACAACAAAGACAAAUAGGAUUAGAACAACAGAGACAGCAAGAAUUAAAACAAAGAAACACAGAGAUGGAACAACAAAGACAAAUAGGGCUAGAACAAGAGAGACAGCAAGAAUUUAAAGAGAGAAACGCAGAGAUGGAGCAACAAAGACAAAUAGGGUUAGAACAGCAGCAAAGACAGCAUUUGCUUGUCAGGAAACGGCAAAAGGAAAAAGAAGAUGAGUUUUUGGAGAUGCUGAAAAAGCAAGAUGAUGAACGCAAGCGAAAAGUUGCCCAAGAAUUAGCCCAUCGGAUGCUUGAGACAGAUGAGGAAAGGCGUCGAAAUUUGGAGGAGCUACAAAGGGAGGAACGAGAACAGCAGAGAAUUCAAGAAGAGCGUAAUAGACAAGCCUUACUCGAUCCAACAGAACGCGAUAGCAAUCGGGGUUUAUCAAGUGAACCAAAUAGAGACGAAAGGACAGAACGUUUCAGAAUAUCAACGCGUCUUUUAGCAGAUACAUACCGUGUCACAGAUUCACCGGAUGACUACAACGUGAGAAGACGCUACUAUGCCAAUUCAUUCCAAGAUAGAACCACAUUAGGAGAUAACAUACCAAUAAAUCGUGAGGAACAUAGAUCACAAAGACCUUCGCAAAACAACGGCUCUAGAAAUGACCCGGAUUCUACAUUAUCAAGACUUGAAGAAGAGUUUCAAAGAAAAUCACAAGACAACAUUUUUUCUAGUCGUUCUCAGGGAUCGCUGACAGCUCAGUCUUCUACUGUGGAUCAUGUAGUCAAAUUAUUAUCACGAGGCGAGACAGAUAAAACAAUAAGUAGUAGGCAACAAAGCAGACUCCAAGGGGAACUAUCACCACCUGGAUGGUCUGGUCGGACGCAAGAAACUGAAUCCAAUUUCAAGUCAGAAAGCGUUAGAACAUCAAUGACAAUUUCUGAGAACCAAUCUCAACGAGAGUUUAUAGAUAAUAUUUCUGAUAACGACAAUAAUGAGGAGGUUGACACGUCUGUAGAUACUCGAGAAGCAGUAAGUGAACUCGGCGAGUCCGCAGGAAAGAAACAGGGUCAAGAAAAGAGAACAACGCAUCUGAAAAAGAAAUGGAGGUAUCGACAAUCUGAGAGGCAGAAGUUGGAAAAUGCGCAUCGACAUAAAGAUACUUACAUCAUGGAAGCCGAUGGACGGAGAUGUGUCGAUAGACACGAGGAGUGUAGUCGUUGGGCCAUCAAGUGCUACAAGAGUUCGGCCGUCACCUUGUCCUGUCCAAUGACGUGUGGUAAAUGUGGCCUUCACGUGUCGGACAAUGAGGAUCUACAAGGAGAUCAGACAACAGAGAACGGCCCUAAGAGAAGAAGCAGUCCCGAUGGACAGAAGAAUGGCCGGAGAAAGAAAGCAGGAGGACGACAGCUGACCAUCGCUGAACGCAAAGCUAGAAGGGAGCAACGGCGUCUUGAGCGUCAAAGGAAUGCGCCAAGUGCUUUAAUGGCACGUCCUGCUCCGGAAGUGACCGACAGACAGCAGCCAACUGAAAGAACUGUGGGAGAGAAACGUCAGCGCAGGAAAGAAAGGAGGAGACCCGAAAAACAACGUCAUAAUCAAGCCCGCCAAGACCUUUGCCGGGACGACCCGAAGCAUGUCAAGAGCUGUAAGUACUGGGCCAGGAAAGGAUUCUGUCUGGACAACAAACUCAUUGCGAACCUCUAUUGCCAGCAUUCCUGCAACUCGUGUCAAUAG